AUGAUGCGUGGUUUCAAGCAAAAGCUGAUAAAGAAGACCACUGGGUCUUCUUCUAGCAGUAAGAAGAAGGAGAAAGAGAAGGAGAAAGAGAAAGAAAAGGAGUCGAGAAAGGCUUCUUCUAUGGGGAGUUCCAGCACCUCCUCUUCGAGAAAGAACUCUUCUGAAAAUUCAAGGCCAUCUUCUACUUCCUCUUCCAAAAAGGAAUACCCCGCCAGUUCGUCAAAGACAAAGGGGAUCGUGAGUUCUGCUAGUAGCACAAGAAGUGAUACUAGAAAUGCCACACCAAUAAUUGGAUCUGGCAAUGACAAGUCAAACAAUACUGCUAGGGCUAAUUCCAGUUCUGUUUCUAAUGCUAACUCCAAUGCAAAUAACGUUCCGCCUUCAAACGGUUCUUCAUCUACCACUAUCGACUCGCCAACGUCCACUCCAAGUAUCUCAUUAAGCAAUGCAGAAAGUAAUAGUAUCGAGUUUAGAGACAACAACCACAAAAUUAAUUCUGACGAGUCCAUGGGUAGAAAUAAUACAUUGUUCACUAAUGAACCUAACAAUGUAAACGGUGGCGCCUCCGAAAACUCAUUAAAGGACAACUCAAAUGGGAUUACCCAUACAAUAACAAAAUCUGAUUUCACUAGCGCUGUCAACAAAGAAGGUAUGACUCCUUCUAGUCCACAGUCUCCUAAUAUCGACAUACCAAGAGCGUCCCAUUCUUUCGAAAGACUGCCAACAACAGCAAAAUUAAAUCCUGAUGGAGAACUAGAUUUAGUUAAAACCCCUCAACGUCACUCUUCAUCUCGUUUUGAAACUUCAAGGUACAGCCAAUUAACAAAGUUGCCUUCUUUCGAAGAAGUUGAACCGGAGGAACGUUUGCAACUAUUCAUUGCUAAAGUAGACCAGUGUACUGCCAUGUUUGACUUUAAUGAUCCAAGUUUUGACAUACAAGGCAAGGAAAUUAAAAGAAUUACCUUACAAGAAUUAAUUGAAUUCAUUGUCACUAACAGAUUUACAUAUACUAAUGAAAUGUACGAACACGUCAUAGCAAUGUUUAAAAUUAAUUUAUUCAGACCGAUACCUCCCCCAGUUAAUCCUAUUGGUGAUAUUUAUGAUCCAGAUGAAGAUGAACCAGUCAAUGAACUUGCAUGGCCACAUAUGCAACUAGUAUACGAAUUCUUCUUAAGAUUUGUCGAAAGUCCAGACUUCAAUCAUCAAAUUGCCAAACAAUACAUCGACCAAGAUUUUAUAUUGAAAUUAUUAGAUUUAUUCGAUAGUGAAGAUAUUAGAGAAAGAGACUGUUUAAAAACUACUUUGCAUAGAAUUUAUGGUAAAUUCUUAAGUUUAAGAAGCUUUAUCCGUCGUUCCAUGAAUUAUAUUUUCUUACAAUUUGUUUAUGAAACUGAAAAAUUCAACGGUAUCGCUGAAUUAUUGGAAAUAUUGGGGUCUAUCAUUAACGGUUUUGCUUUGCCAUUAAAAGAAGAACAUAAAAUAUUUUUAUUGAGGGUUUUACUUCCACUACACAAAGUCCCCUGCCUAUCCUUAUACCAUCCUCAAUUGGCAUAUUGUAUUGUUCAAUUUCUAGAAAAGGAACCGUUACUUACUGAAGAAGUUGUUAUGGGUUUAUUACGCUACUGGCCAAAGAUUAAUUCCACAAAAGAAAUCAUGUUAUUGAAUGAAAUUGAAGAUAUUUUUGAAGUUAUCGAACCACUGGAGUUUAUAAAAAUAGAAGUACCUUUAUUUGUGCAAUUGGCUAAAUGCAUUGGGUCAUCUCAUUUUCAAGUUGCUGAAAAAGUUUUAAGUUACUGGAAUAACGAAUACUUUUUAAACUUAUGUAUCGAGAAUGCUGAAGUGAUUUUACCAAUAGUUUUCCCACCUUUGUAUGAACUAACAUCACAAUUAGAAUUAGAUAACAUUAAUGGACAAGAUGGUAUUAUUUCAGAUCCAUAUAUUCUAGUUGAACAAGCAAUUAAUUCAGGUUCUUGGAAUCGUGCAAUUCACGCUAUGGCUUUCAAAGCAUUAAAAAUUUUCUUAGAAACCAAUCCUGUAUUAUAUGAAAACUGUAAUAGCCUUUACCUAUCGAGUUUGAAGGAAACUCAACAACGUAAGAAGCAACGUCAAGAAAAUUGGAAGAACUUAGAAACAUACGUAAGUGAAAUAAAAAUAGCAGAAAACAGCAAUCGAAUGACAGAGGAAAUUUUGGGUUAUGAAAAACAAGUUCCUAAUACACAAGAAAAGAUAUAA